AUGGUUUGUGUAGAUGCUUUGACGGAUAUCACCACUCUUUACCUCAAGAAAGUUGCCAACUGGGUGCAGCUAUGUGCAGAACAUGCUGGGCACGGGAAGCCAUUGGUCAGUGAUGUUAGCACAGCAUUCGCGGUGAUGAAAAUUAGCGAACGUGAACUCUAUGAGUAUAUGAGGCAAGUUCGACCGAUGGCAGAAUUUGAGAAGGCGCCUUUGUUCCCGGUUGAAAUCGUGAAGUCUAGUGGUCCUAUCAGCAUCCACUUACCUACCACAGAAAUUGGUGCACUGAAAGACGAAAGCGACUUAACGAGUGACCAUGCGACAUCAGGCUUGAAACCAUUGCCAGAUUUCUCAGAAGCUACUGCUUAUUCGUUGGGAUUCGUUAGACCUGCUACUUCCCGAUCUAACACACAACUACGAAACAACGUCAAGCGCACAACGCCGUAUUCUCCUUCUGCGAUUCAUCCUCAUUCGAAAAUACCCAAGAAUCGAUACCACUCCGGUGCAAGCAGAAAAGUCAAGAAAAUAUGCGAUACUAUCGUCAAUCCAGGAUCAUCGAGCGUUUUGCGCGAUCCAUCGGAGCAACCUGAGCCACACGGUGGAGAACUCGAAACUCAAACCGUUGCUAUGAAGCAAAGCAAGAGGAGAAAGCAGGUUGCGGCAAAAGGACGAGCAACGACGAAGGCUCGAAGCGAUCAUGAUGCUAAUAAGUUGUCUGACGAAAGUAAAAAGAACGCCUUUGAAAGAGAUGGACUUGCUGACAGUCAGGUGGAAAUCAACAGCGCAGAGGAAAGUGGCCAGGCCGAUGCACUUGAUCCUUGUACAACCGAGAACCCAUGGACCAUAUAUUGUAAAGGAGACUCCCCCGAAUUUACAUCUUGCGCUGUUAGUGAAGAGAAGUAG